UGCACUCCAAAGAACCACCGCGGUUCCCAUCACUCGUGUAGCUGACUGACUGACAAAAUGGCUGGUGUUCAAGCUGCCUCUCGGCUCCUGUCCAAGAGGAUACUGUCCUCUAGAAAAGCCGUCCCUGCUACAGCAGUUCAAGGUUCGAGAAAUUUGCACUUCUCCAUUUACGGCAAGAAAAAUGCCAAAGUUUCUGAUGAUAUCUCCAGUCAGUACCCAGUCGUGGAUCACGAGUUUGAUGCCGUGGUCGUUGGCGCUGGAGGAGCGGGACUCAGGGCAGCUUUUGGCCUGUCUGAGGCUGGCUUUAACACUGCUUGUGUCACCAAGCUUUUCCCCACCAGGUCUCACACUGUUGCAGCACAGGGUGGAAUCAAUGCAGCUCUCGGCAACAUGGAGAAUGAUGACUGGAGGUGGCAUUUCUACGACACUGUAAAGGGUUCUGAUUGGCUGGGGGACCAGGAUGCCAUCCACUACAUGACGGAACAGGCUCCUGCAGCUGUGGUGGAGUUGGAGAACUUUGGCAUGCCUUUCAGCCGCACUGAAGAUGGUAAGAUCUACCAGAGGGCGUUUGGGGGUCAGAGUCUCAAAUACGGCAAAGGAGGCCAAGCCCACCGCUGCUGUUGUGUCGCAGACAGGACUGGGCAUUCACUACUUCACACUCUGUAUGGACGGUCGCUGCGUUACGACACCAGUUACUUUGUGGAGUAUUUUGCGCUGGACCUGCUGAUGGAAAAUGGGGAAUGCAAAGGUGUGAUCGCACUCUGCAUGGAGGAUGGAUCUAUUCAUCGCUUCAGAGCUCAGAAUACUGUCAUUGCUACUGGGGGUUAUGGUCGAACCUAUUUCAGCUGCACAUCUGCUCACACCAGUACCGGGGAUGGAAACGCCAUGGUGACCAGAGCAGGUCUGCCCUGCCAGGAUUUGGAGUUUGUACAGUUCCAUCCCACUGGGAUCUACGGAGCCGGCUGCCUGAUCACAGAGGGCUGCCGUGGGGAGGGAGGCAUCCUGAUCAACAGUGAAGGCGAGCGCUUCAUGGAGCGCUACGCGCCCAACGCCAAGGACCUGGCGUCCAGAGACGUGGUGUCCCGCUCCAUGACCAUAGAGAUCAGAGAGGGCAGGGGUGUGGGUCCGGAGAAGGACCACGUAUACCUGCAGCUACACCACCUGCCUCCUCAGCAGCUCGCCACAAGGCUACCCGGCAUCUCUGAGACAGCGAUGGUCUUUGCGGGAGUGGAUGUCACUAAGGAGCCCAUUCCUGUCCUGCCAACCGUCCACUACAACAUGGGAGGUAUACCUACAAACUACAAAGGCCAGGUGAUCACUUACACCAACGGCGAGGAUAAGGUGGUUCGUGGACUGUACGCCUGUGGAGAGGCUGGCUGUGCAAGUGUUCAUGGUGCCAACAGACUGGGUGCCAACUCUCUUUUGGACCUGGUGGUCUUUGGCAGAGCCUGCGCCCUCACCAUCGCUGAGGAGCACAAACCUGGAGAGGCACUUUCCCCUCUGAAGUCCAGUGCAGGGGAAGAGUCUGUGGCCAACCUGGAUAAGAUGAGGUUUGCCGAUGGAAGCCUGCGAACCUCUGAAAUCAGGCUCAACAUGCAGAAGGCGAUGCAGGCCCACGCUGCUGUGUUCCGUACUGGUUCUGUCCUGAAGGAGGGAUGUGACAAAUUGGAUGCCAUUUACCAGACCAUGGAAGAUAUCAAGACCUUUGACAGAGGCAUUGUGUGGAACACGGACCUGGUGGAAACGCUGGAGCUGCAGAAUCUGAUGCUGAACGCCGUCCAGACCAUUCACUCGGCUGAGCGGAGAAAGGAGAGUCGUGGAGCUCAUGCCAGAGAGGACUUCAAGGAUCGCCUUGAUGAGUACGAUUACUCAAAGCCUUUGCAGGGUCAGGAGAAGAAGCCCUUUGAGCAGCAUUGGCGGAAACACACUAUGUCUUAUGUUGACCCCAAAACUGGCAAGGUGACCUUGGAGUACCGUCCCGUCAUUGACCACUCUCUGGACGAAGAGGACUGCGCCCGUGUUCCUCCCGCCAUCCGCUCUUACUAAAAACCUUUCAACCAUGACAAUACUCGGCAAAUACUCAUUGACUAUUUAUGGAGAAAUGGUUCCUGCAAUACACAGGAUAUUGAGGGAAACUGCUUUGAUUUGCCUGUGUUUUAAGGCUACUUGUCACUUCUCGUAUAUCAUGUUGAACAUGUUUCAUCACUCCAGCUUUGCUAUUGUGAAGACAUUGUGUUCUCGUUUCCCAGAUUUGCAUUUCUUUAAAUGCAUUUUGUAUUUCGGAUUAGCUUCAGCCUAGACCAGAGAUUGUGUUGCUGUAAAGCCACAGGGAAGUUUUAAGCAUGUAAAUAUGACCUAAAUGGACAAUACACACGGUGGAUUACACAGUAGGUAGUUGUUAAAUGUAAAUGUAAUCUCGUUUUAGUCGCUGUUGCCUUGGAUAGCAUACAUUUGUGGUCUGUUGGUGUUUUUGCACUUGAGUAAAGCAACAUUAACUCAAAUCAUGCUAUAUAUAUAUAUAUAUAUAUAUAUAUAUAUAUAUAUAUUAAACUAAAUUAAGCAAUUAAGUCUUGUGAUGUAACAUUUUUGGCUUUGGUUUCUCUUUAUUACAACUGUGACAGCUGUUUCUUAAAAGCUUUUGCCAUCUGCAUGUGCCUGACUCUGCAUUGAAUUAUGGAUAUCAAAGAAAAUCAGUGUCCGGUUAUCUAUGCUCUGUUCAACAAAUUCGGAAUUUUUGUGAAUUGGAAUUCUUAUGGAACUAUGAUUUGAAUAUGGAAUUGGGCACGUUUUAAUCCACCGAUUUAUCAGUGGAAGAUAAGGAGGGUAGGGUGUUUGCACUUGGACAACAACAUGUCAACAUGUCUCUUGAUCAGAAUCGUUUGAAGUGAUGUAAUUUAUUUGCCUUUUUCCUGUUGCUUACUUUUUCUUUCUGACUCAUGCUUGGUUUCAUAUGUUGAAUAAAGAGUAGACUAUCUUGCAAAUCA